UAAAAAUACCAACCCGUCCGAAGUUGCACACUUCCCGGUGCUACUAAUCGCGCCGCCCCCUUCUUUCUCCAGAAUGAGGGGGAACCUCCUCGGAACCACCGACAAGCGGCACAAACACCUCUCUUCGACGCUGCGGAUCCUUCCGGACGAAAUCAUCGCCGAGAUCUUGGUGAGGGUUCCGGCGAGUUCCGUUGUGAAAUUCAAGAUUGUGUGCAAAUCAUGGAAUGCACUAAUCUCCAGCCCAAGAUUCGCCAGCGACCACCUUCACCGCUCAACAGCAGAUCCAACCAUGACCCGCCCACGACUCGUAUUUAGAAGUGAUCGCGGAUUCGAAUUUUUCUCGGUGCAGUCUGUGUAUAAGAAUCCAUCCGCGCCUACUGAGGAUGCCUGCUUCCAGAUGGAUGAUGAUGUGCAUAUCUUGGGUUCCUGCAAUGGCUUGAUCUGCCUCACCUUGCUCAACCGUAAUCGUCGCUGGGAAUCCAUCAGAUUGUGGAACCCUUGUACCAGAUUGGCUUCCGAUUGGUUGAAAAUUCGGCCAGAGGGGCCCAUGUUCGGGGAUUACAUUUAUGGUUUUGGCUAUGAUCAUGUGCAUGAUAAUUACAAGUUUCUUGAGGGUUCUUUGGCACACCGCUACAAAGUUCACACCUUUGGUUCGAAUUCUUGGACAACCAUCAUUCAAGAUCAUCCAUUUUAUCCCCUGCAGUCGAUAGGGAAGUUUGUGAAUGGCACUCUCAAUUGGGCAGCUCAUACUCGUAACAACUGCUUCAAAUGGGUGAUCCUUUCCUUUGACUUAGCCAACGAGAGUUUUUGCCCAAUGUCCCUGCCUAAUAGGGAUCAUAGUGAUUACAGUUAUAGUUCUGUUUUCUUUACUAUGUUGGGUGUCUUGAGGAACAACCUUUGUGUUUGUUUCAAUGAAAACUAUAGUCGUUUGGUUUUGUGGGAGAUGAAGGAGCAUGGGGAUGGGGUUCAAGAGUCUUGGACUAAGUUGGUCACCAUAUCUAGUGAGCUUUUAGUACCCCGGCGUUAUGGAUCACAGCUUCUGUCAUUUAGAGCCUUGUACAUCAUGGAAAAUGAUGACGUUCUGGCUGUUUCCUAUUAUUCCGAUGCUCGCAAAUUAGUUAUGUUUAAUGCAAAUGUUGGCCAGCUAACGCAUACAAAUCUUUGCGAACCAGGUCUUCAUAGCUGCUAUGUUUAUCAUGAAAGCUUGGUUUCGCCCUCCCAUUUAGGUCUUCCAUGUUUUUUAUAUGGAUCCACUACUGAUUAAAUCAACUACAUGUUUAUUGCUUAAUGACUCUUUCUUGUUGUGGCUUCUUUUAAGUCCUACUCUCAUUCAUUAAUGCACUUUAUUUUCUUUUCCUCA